UAUAUCGCGUCGACCUCGCGACCGCUUCGUGACAGUCGGCGAGAAAACAGCGGAACAACUCGGAUCAGCGCGUGCACACGUAGUAGUAGUACCGUCGAACGCACAGUUUGCUGUGACGCAUCCUCUUUUGUAAUUUGUCCACGUCGUCGGUUCCACGGCGAUUGACCAUGAAGAAACUCGUCUUCGCGAUCGCGGCCCUGAUUUUGCUGACCGGAUUCGUCCGCGCCGAGGACGACCCGGAAGACGUCGGCACGGUGGACGAUGACCUAGGCGCCAGCAGAGAAGCAUCGCGAACAGAUCAUGAAGCGGUGCAAAGAGAGGAAGAGGCUAUAAAGAUCGACGGUCUAAACACCGCUCAGAUAAAAGAACUGAGAGAAAAGUCUGAGAAAUUCAUAUUCAACACCGACGUGAAUCGCAUUAUGAAGCUUAUCAUCAAUUCUCUGUAUCGCAACAAGGAGAUUUUCCUGAGAGAAUUGAUCUCGAACGCGUCCGAUGCGCUCGACAAAAUCAGACUUCUGUCUCUCACCGACAAGAACGUAUUGGAUACCAACAACGAAUUGGCUAUCAGAUUAAAAGCCGAUAAAGAAAACAAGGUGUUGCAUAUCAUGGAUUCCGGUAUCGGCAUGACCAAGCAAGAUCUGGUGAACAAUCUUGGAACGAUUGCGAAAUCUGGCACGGCGGAGUUUCUGGCGAAGAUGCAGGACGCCAAGAACACUCAGGACAUGAACGAUAUGAUCGGUCAGUUCGGUGUCGGUUUCUACUCCGCCUAUUUGGUCGCCAAUGUCGUUGUUGUGACAACCAAGCACAAUGACGACAAGCAGUACAUCUGGGAGUCGGACAGCAGCAGCUACAGCAUCAUAGAAGAUCCGCGAGGAAACACUUUGAAGAGAGGAACAACCGUGAGCUUAUAUUUGAAAGAAGAAGCAUUGGACUUCCUGGAGGCAGACACGAUAAAGAACCUAGUGAAGAAAUACUCGCAGUUCAUCAACUUCCCUAUAUACCUGUGGGACAGCAAAGUCGUACAAGUCGACGCGGAGGACAUAGAGGAGGAUAAGGCCUCGAAAGAAGAGAACGAGGACAAGACCGUGGACGAAGAGGAAGAGGCGAAGGUUGAAGAGGAAGCGGAAGAGGAGAAGAAGAAGACGAAGGUCGAGAAGACCGUGUGGGACUGGGAAUUACUAAACGACUCGAAACCAAUCUGGACCCAGAAACCGAGCGAGGUUGAGGAAAAGGAAUACAACGAAUUCUACAAAACGCUGACCAAAGACAGUCAGGAACCUUUGGCGAAAACGCACUUCGUCGCAGAAGGUGAAGUAACCUUCAAAUCACUCUUGUUCAUUCCGAAGGUUCAACCGAACGAAAGUUUCAAUCGUUACGGCACCAAAGCCGACAACAUCAAGCUCUACGUCAGACGGGUCUUCAUUACCGACAAAUUCGCCGAUAUGAUGCCCAACUAUCUCAACUUUAUUCGCGGUAUUGUGGACAGCGACGACUUGCCGCUCAACGUUUCGCGUGAAGAUCUGCAACAACAUAAACUGAUCAAGGUCAUUAAGAAGAAACUUAUCAGAAAGGUGCUGGAUAUGAUCAAGAAGAUCCCUAAGGAGGAUUACGAAACCUUCUGGAAGGAAUACAGCACGAACAUGAAGCUGGGCAUAGUCGAUGACCCGCAGAAUCGCGCGAGAAUGUCCAAACUCCUGCGAUUCAAAUCGUCCAAGUCGCAGAAAGAUAUGACCUCUCUCGCGGAAUACGUGUCCCGCAUGAAACCUAACCAGCAACACAUCUAUUACCUCGCCGGCCCGUCGGAGGAAGAAGUGAGGAAGUCGCCGUUCCUCGAACGAUUAGAAAAGAAAGGCUACGAGGUGCUGUACCUGACGGAGGCGGUGGACGAGUACGCGAUCUCGGCGUUGCCCGAAUUCGACGGCAAGAAGUUUCAGAAUGUAGCGAAGGAGGGUCUCGUCUUGGACGAAGGCGAACAGGCGAAGGAGCGAAUGGAACAGUUGAAGACAACGUUCGAACCUCUGGUUAAGUGGUUGAACGACGUUCUGAAGGAUCACAUCAGCAAGUCGCAGGUCUCGGAACGUCUUACCGACUCGCCCUGCGCUCUGGUCGCCAGUAUGUUCGGUUGGACCGGCAAUAUGGAGCGGUUAGCGAUUUCGAACGCGCACCAGAAGGCCGAAGAUCCGCAAAAAUCCUAUUACUUGAGCCAGAAGAAGAUCUUAGAGAUCAAUCCGCGACAUCCGCUCAUCAGAGAGCUGCUGAGACGAGUCGAGGUCGACACGUCCGACGAUACUGCCAAGGAUAUCGCGCUGAUGAUGUUCCAAACGGCGACUCUGCGAUCUGGUUACAUGCUGCGCGAGACCUCGAGCUUCGCGAACAGCGUCGAACAACUCAUGAGGAAGAGUCUGGGCAUAGCUCCCGACGAGAUGCCGGAGGAGGAAGAAUUGCAAGAGGAAGAGGAAACGAUCGGCAACGCCGAGGCGGAAGAAACUGUCGACGCGGAGGCCGACACCGAGAACGAGAAGGACGAGGAUCACGACGAGUUGUAAUAAAAAGAGAUAUGAACCUAAUGGAUAAAAAAAAAUAUUUCAAAGACUUAUAUAAAGUUUAGAGAUGUAGCUAUACAAUGUAUAGUUACCCUAAGUUUCGUGUUAAAAAAAAUUAUAUCGCGUGAAUUUCGUCUCAACACACUAUUACUAUUUAGAUGAGUAUAUAAUUAAAAUUAAUUUACUUGCGUCAUGAUUUCGUUUGUAAUUGCGAUCUGUGUUUGCCUUCGUUUAUAUUCCAUUAAUAAUCGAUACGUUUUUCACAAUUGUUGAUGAUACAUAAAUGCAAAGAACAACGCCCGUGCUAUGUGGUUGACGUAAAUAUAUAUAUAUAUAUAUAUAUAUAUAUUUUUGUUUUAUAUAUAAAAAGUCGCGCCGCAAACUAUUUUAUAUAAAAAAUCAUCACGAACGCGACAUUAAAGCAAUCACUGAUGAUAAUACGCGUGUGAAAUUUGUACGUUCUUUCAAGGAGAAUAUUUGUGUAAUUUAUUUUUAAGUUGCUCUUCCAUGUCGUUGUUCAAAACUGAAAGAGAGACUGAGAACACACGGAAUGCUUGUACCUUGUAUGUGUGAUUGUGUAUUUGUACAUGAGAAAUAUACAAAUUAUUAUAUAUAUUAAAAAGAAUGUAUGUAUGGGGCAA